AGCCUGCAGCCCUCUCACACCAUCAUGGAGCUCUACCUAGACCUGCUUUCUCCGCCGUGCCGAGCCGUCUACCUGUUUGCAGAAGCUCUCAAAAUCCCCUUUGAGUUCAAGCUGGUCGACCUCUUUGCAGGACAGCAGUACAGUGAGGAGUUUGGGAAACUCAGCGCCGUGAAGAAGGUUCCUGUUCUGAAGGAAGGCGACUUCGUUCUGACAGAAUGCACUGCAAUCCUGGAGUACCUGGUGCAGAAAUGUUCAGUGGCGGACCACUGGUUUCCAGCUGACCUGCAGCAGCGAGCUCGUGUUAGUGAAUACUUGUCCUGGCAGCACCUGAACCUCCGUUUUAACUGCUCAAAGGUCUUCCUGCUCAGGACCGUGUAUCCAUUCUUGAUGGGCUCAGAGGUCCCGAAGGAGAAGAUGGACACUGCUGUGGAGGACAUGAAACAGUCCCUCAACCUGCUGGAGGACAAGUUCCUGCAGAACAAGCCGUUCAUCAUUGGGAAUAAGAUCUCUCUGGCGGAUCUGGCGGCCAUUGUGGAGAUCAUGCAGCCUCUGGGAACGGGCGUGGACGGGUUCCAAGGCCGGCCGAAGCUGAUGGCCUGGAGAGACCGAGUGAAGAAGGAGCUCGGGGAAAAGCUGUACGACAAAACCCACCAGGUGGUUCUGAACUCCAGCGGCCUGCAGCAGAAGAUGCAGAACAACAGCGAGCUCCUGAAGCUCAAACCUUCGCUUCUCAAGUAUUUCCGCUGAGGGCAUGGAAAUGAAAAUCUGAUCUCAUGUUUGGUUGUUUCAGCAGAACUCCUUGAAUUGUCUGUCCUGCAGGGCUGAGAAAGAACAGAACCAUCAUCCAGAGAAAGGUCCAGAUGGAAAACUGGACCUUUGGAGGAACUGUUUACUGAGUUCAAUAAAAGCAUGAGCAAAAUAAAUGGAUUUACUAAAUGGUUUUAUUUCCCUGCGGCAUGAAAUAAAAACUAUUUCACAAUCCAA